AUGCGAAUACCGCUCGAAAUUCUUCGAAUUAUUCUCACCUAUGCCGCGAGACAGGACAGAUCCCGUGCUGCGCGGACCACGAUAUUCAAACUGCGGCUGGUCAGCCGAACGUUUGACGAAGAAAUUCUCUCCCUCUACUUCUCCAACAAGCGCCUCAAAGACGCGCCGCGCCUUGUCACUACCAACACCUGGUCCAGCUUACCCUGGGAAAUAAGCCGCAAGUUCCUCUAUUUCCGUAUACGAUGGUCUCACUUGGAGCCAAGUCUAUUCGCGUACCUGUUCCUGCCCGUGCUAGAGCGGCAAGAGAAAGGGCUGGGCAUUGCUGAAGACGACAGUAUUAGGAGGAAUUUAUUGCUCAGAGAAUGGCUGGAGCUGCCGUUGCAUGAUAAGAAGAUGGCAUAUGUUGUUGCGCACAAGGAUGCUAGGUUUGAGUGCCUGGUGGAUGGGUUUUAUGCGGAGCGGGAGAAUGCGAGGGAGGAUGGGACGUCGUAUGCGAGAGAGGAAUGGCGCGAGAUGCAAAUUGAAGAGGAUCAGAAGUUUGGUCUCAUGUGCCUUGCAAUUAUCAAGACCAACGAGCAGGACCUAAUACGCAUACUUCAAUCUCCACGCGUCGUCAUCGAUCGUCUAAGCCUAUGCUUCGGCUCCACGCUCCUCACAUACGCCAUCAAGCGCGGCUCCAUCCCCAUCCUCAAGCUCAUACUUCGCCACGGCCAUCUAUCCUCACGACCCGACCUCGACGACCUCUUCCGGGCGGCGUUAUCACGCGACGACGCCACAGAAAGGAUCGACCUCUUAGUCGAGCAUUUCAUGACAGUCAUAGCACCUAUGACCCAGCAAGAAUGCGGGAAUAUCAUCGAUACCUUCUUCACAAAACGGAGAAACGCAGAGUACGAUAUCAUCGUCGAUCGGCUCGUCCACUGGCUCGGCGACCUCCCCUCAUCACCUAGCAAACCGCGGCUCCUCCAUCGCGCCUUCAACAGCGGCAUUCGGAGCGGCCGCAUUCCCGUGGUCACCCGCCUGGUCCCUUUCAUUAACGUCAAUGCGCGCUACGGCUCUGGCUCCUUGCUCCCCAUCCAAACCGCUCUCCUCGCCGACAAAGAGUAUCCAGAUCUCCUCCGCCUUCUAAUCACUCUUGGAGCGGACGUGAACCCGGAGCCGGAAGAGAGAGGGACGUGGCCGGAGCCGCCUAUCUUCAUCGCCGCGCUGAGGGGAUAUGUAAAGAGUGUGGAGAUUUUGCUAGAGGCCGGGGCGGAUCCGAGGAGCAAAUUUGGGCAGCUGCCACUUCUGCAUUUGGCGGAGAGUGGCGGGACUUUUAGGGAGAUAGAGGAGCUGUUGGAGAGGUUUGGGUGGGAUAGGGAGGAUCUGGAGGAUAAGGAUGGGAAGGAGAUUGACUAUGCAAAGGGCAGCACUGAACUUCGCCGACAAGCAUGA